CGGCCGGACGACCGCGUCCGUCGAGUGAUAAAAACAUUGUUACCAAAGAGCAUAUUAUAAAACCGUCAGUGCGGUAACAACUACACAACGAUUUCCGCGACGACGGUUGAUAACGCGCGCGUUUUGCCCUUUGCCACUGGCAAGUCGCGCCAAUCGCGAAUCCCGUCUCGUUCGAACGCUUCGACCGCCGCAACGACUCACGACUCCGCACUUCGACAGCCGACGCCGUGCCGUUUUGCCCGUCGCCGCCAUCGCGAGAACGCUGCGCCGAUCGAUCGGCAGCCGACCAAGCGCUCCGCCACCGCUACCGAUCGCUGACCGCUGUCGAAUUGAAACGUCGCGACGCUGAACCGCGUCGUACGGUUUACGCUUUUAAACGAGCGAGCGGUAAUACAAUUUGAUACUUAUUAUAUUUCGUCACGUCGCCCGCCAAACCGAUCGAUCGUACGAGUUUGCUCGGUCGGUACCGAUUGCGAUUGUCCGAUCGGCGGUCGACGGCACAGCGCCCGAUCGUCGUCACAGACUCGCGUCGUCGUCGUCUUCGGAUUUUGUCGGCGUUUUUCGACGUCCCGUGACAUGCAUAACGCAACGCUUACACACCACCGCCGCCGCCUCCGUCACUGCAGUGCCAAGACAAACCGCUCUCGGCUCGUAACGGCCGACGUUUUUAGUCGUCCCGUGUAAGAGAGCGAACUCGUCGGAGCGAUCGUGUUAUCGUUUUCGCCGCCAUACCUCUCAGCGGUCGACGGCCCGAGGAACACGAGACUCGAGCACGGUAACAUUUGUUCUGUAAUUCGUCGCUACAAUGGCGUUCGACGACUCCGCUUCAGUUGUGGUCAAAGGAAAUCCGAUCAGCGUCGCGAACAGAUAUACCUGCAAGAUGCGAAAUAAAAGAAUGUGGAAAUCGUUACGCGCGCACAUCUUAUCGCGCCGAGAGAAGGACAAACAAGCUGAAGCUGAUGCUGAACUUUUGAGAAAAAAGAGACACGAAGAAGAAUUAAGAAUACAAGAAAAUAAACUAUCUUUAGCACAAAUUAAUGGUCGUUUAUCAGAAUUACGAGGCAAGCGUGAUGAGCUUGAAGAAGAAAAACGUGAACUCCUGAAUCAGAAGCAAACUAUUUUAAAUACUGUUAUAACAGUACCUGAACCUAAGUGUGCAAACUAUGAUCGUAAAUUAGUUACAAAAAUCAAAUUUAAAAGUAGUAUAAUCCCAAGUAUUGAUUUUCUUGAUAAUCAACAACAACAAGAACAGCAGCAGCAGCAGCAAGGGUUAUUAAGCUUGUUGGAAACAAAACCAUGUAUGGAUUCUCCAAUUCCUCUAUUUAAAAAAAAAUUCCAUGAAAAAUUCACUCCAAUCUCACCACCUGCAGUAAUACCUACAGAUGUCAAAGAAAGUAAUAAAUCAAAUUGUUUGAGUUUACAGCAACCAAAUUAAAUGUUAUAUUAACAAUAAUUACUAAGAUUUUUACAUAAUAUUUCACUUGUAUGCAGUCCAUAUUUUUAUUUUAUUUUUUUUUUUUAUAAUGAAAGAUAUUUUAUUUUAGUUUUGACAUUUUAAUUUGUAUCAUAUAUUUCCUUUUUAUUUAUCCAAUUUAUUUUACUUUAUUGGAAACCACUAUUAGUACUUAUUAUGUUUCAAUUAAUAGAAGGUCAAUUAUAACUUAAUCGACUACCUCUUUUAUUAAUUAUAAUGACUAUUUCACAAUUCAUUUUCAUGUAUAAUUUAAUAACAUAAUUUAAAUGUAAUUUGUAAAAAUUCAAUAUAUUUCAAAAGGCAGUAAUAUAUUGGUUAAUAAUAAAUUACAAUCCUAGCUUUUGUGUAACUAUUAAUUUAUUAAGAUCUUCAACUUGUUCAGCAGUUGCAUUUUUAUUUUUUAAGUUUAAAUUAUUAUUUAUUAUGAUUAUCUGAAUUUGAAUUUUUUUAACGAGGUAGUUAAUCAAAUGUCAAAUAUUUUAUCAUAAAUAAAUAUUUUUAUAUACAAAUUGUUAUUAAAUAUAUAAAUAUAAGAUAACUAUAAGUUGUUCAUUAAAAUUGUCCUUUAUAGUUAAAUAGACUGAUACUAUAAAAUAUAUAGUUUAUAUAAUUUAGAAAUAUUAUAUUUUAAUAAAAAUGUUCUUGAAUAAAAAACAAAAAAAAUUAUAAGUACUGUUACUUUUAAAAGUCAUUGAUUUUUAGGUUUAUUGUAAUGUGAUUGGAUUAAUUAGUAGCUUGUAUAGAAAAUCAACAAAAAUGUUUUUUAUUUAUUUAUUUUUGAAUGCUAUAUGUAAAAUGAACUAUACCUGAUGGUGUCUUACUAUUUAUAUUUUUAGCUCUCUUGGAUUUUGUGAAUAGUUAAGCUCUCUUUUCAUUCAACUUAGUUCUGAGUUGGUUUAAAAUUAAAUAUUAAAUAUUUAUGAGAAUUU